CAGAGACAGAAACGACAGCACAGACAGCAUCGACCGGAGUGCGGUGGUGGCACGUGUGCACAGACACACACAGGAUGGUGCCUGUCCCGUCGACGUGCUUGCUUUGCGGAAGAUCCAAAAAGAGUUGAUCGGAGAUUGUGCGAAAAAGUCCGCCUGGAAGGUUUCCGAGGAAAAAGAGUUCAGGCACCGAGAGAGGAAAAUCCGCGUGGAGGAGCGUGGAGAGAUAUCGUGGAGAAGGGAAACAUAAGAGGUAGCAGUGAAGGGGCUGGUAGAGGUGAGAGCUUGUUGACGUCAGUCCAUUGCGGCGACGAUCCACUGAUCGUAGAUCGUACAAGCCGGACCCGCCGCAAAUUGCCCACAGCGGAGGACGCAGCAGCAGCAGCAGCAGCAGCAGCGGCAGAGGCAGCCGCACGUACCGACGAGAGGGCAACAUCGGAACACGUGUGCGCGACGCACACACGUGGUCCCGGAGAGAAGUUUUCGAGAGAUCCAAACAAAAGCUCGAUCGGAGAUCCUGCAGCCUCGCUUCUAGAACAGUCAACGGCAGGAGCAGCUCAGCGUGGUGAGAGGAAGAUCAGGGGACAGGCAGCAGCAGCAGCAGCGGGAGGAAGCAACAGUCAAAGGGGCCGAGGAGAAGGAAGCUUCGAGACACGCGUGCUGGGAGCACACACACACGUGGAGGCCCGAACGGAACUGUGCUCGCGACCCCGUGAUCGAUUGGAGAUCGAGCAAGGCGGUCGCUAGGUCCAGCAGCAGCAGACGGAGCCGAGGUACCGAGAGCGGGAUUGGGUGCAAAGAGCAUCUGGAAGAUCUCUGAAACCUGAACAGAAGAUUGACAGACGUCAAAGGAAUAGCAGAUCAUUACUGAGUAGAAACCUUUGAACGUACGUCGGCGGCAUGCACAUGUUCCGCGCCCAGUUGUUGUCGUUGACUGUUUUGGCGUCUUUCUUAGGAGUGCGACGAGAAAGGACCCUGGCUCUUGCGGUUGAAGGUGGCGGGGAAGUAGGAACAGGGGGUGGCAGUGUCGGGGGUCUGGGGGAACAUGGGCUUGAAUGGGGUUUGCCUCAGAAAGAGCAAGACGGCGGGUGUUUCUCUCUUGGUGUGACCGGUGGCAGUAUCGAUCAGCAAUGCCGCAAAGACGUUUGUGCGCCGAAAUAUGGGUGCGACAGCUUUAACCUAACCACUUCGGUGGAAAGCGGAUUUCUGUUCGAUACGGUGGGUACCAGGGAAGACGGGGCCGAGUAUUGUUUGAUUUCGGGUGGAUGAGGUUGGGGUUUGGUUCGUUUUUCUCCAUCUAAGGUUCGUGCCUAGAGUUCAGCUGUAGUGUUUCGACAAAAGUUUGUUGACUCAGAGGCAAACAUUCCUAGCUAUUGGGCAUCGAGUUAAUUUGGCUUGGCAUGACGGCCUUACGAUCGACUUUUUAUGAAUGUCUGCAUUUAUCUGCAAUUGUCGGAGGGCAAAC